AUGGGUAAUGACAUGUUCUUUAUUAAAAAAGGCGUGGUUUCUGUUGCCAACAAAGACGGUUUCCACACUACGUUGCAAGAAGGUAAUUUCGUUGGGGAAAUGGCUCUUGUGAACAACAAACCGAGAGUCGGAACAGUGACGUGCCUGACUCCAGUCGAAGGUGUGACAAUCCCGCGCGAGUACUUUGAAAAGUUCCUCAUUACAACGGAUACAAAUGUUCGAAUGAACAUGUACCGAGAAAACAAAGCACGUGAGAUGUCAAGAAUCCGAAUGAUGUUGCGGCAGGCUGGACACCUGCAUACAAAGAAGCUAAGGAAGGGAGAUGUUCUCUUCAAGCAAGGCGGGAAAGACAAAGCCCUCUAUAUUGUGAUAGAUGGCGAAAUUUCACGGUCCACUGGCCGCUUGUCUCUCACAAGAAACCACCAAGGAGACAUUAUAUCGGUGGUCACUCCCUCCUUUCGGACGCCCCUCGUGCAAUUUCCGCUCGAUGUAUCUCGAAGGAAUGCAGCGUGGUGGAGGUUGGACCAGAAGAUUUUAAAGAAGUUAAUGGGUCUUGCAACACUCUGA